UGAGAACUAUAACACCACCGAAUUACAAGCAUUUACCAAACUUCUUUCCUUUUCUGAAACAUAUUAUAAUCACUUUCGUGUUUGCACUUUUGAACAAAUAUGACUGUAUUUUCACGUAAUGUUAGAAUGUAUGUUGUUUUAUUGAUGAUAAUAACUGUUGGGAUAGUAGAAGGGCGAAAACCUCAAAAUUGUGGUGGCUUUGGAAAAGGUGGAGCCAGAGAAGAAGGAGACGGAAAAGGAGGUUCAGGACAUGGUGGGGGCGGAGGAGGAGGAGGAGGAGUUGGUGUUGGAGGAGGUGCUGGCCUUGGUGGAGGUGUUGGUGCCGGUGGAGGUGUAGGAGGAGGAGUUGGUCUUGGUGGAGGUGGAGGAGGAGGUGCUGGUGGUGGAGGUGGAGGUGUAGGAGGUAGUGUCGGUGCUGGUGGAGGUGCAGGAGGAGGAGCUGGUGGUAGUGUUGGAGGAGGCGUCGGUGGUGGUGGAGGUGCAGGAGGAGGUCUUGGUGGUGGCGCGGGAGGAGGUGUCGGUGGAGGUGCAAGAGGAGGCGCAAGUGGAGGUGGAGGUGCUGGUGCUGGUGGAGGUGCAGGAGGAGGAGUUGGUGCUGGUGGUGGUGUUGGAGGAGGCGCUGGUCUUGGUGGAGGUGUAGGAGGGGGUGCUGGUGGAGGUGCUAGUGGCGGUGGAGGUGUAGGAGGAGGAAUUGGUGCUGGUGGUGGUGUUGGAGGAGGCGCUGGUCUUGGUGGAGGUGUAGGAGGGGGUGCUGGUGCUGGUGGAGGUGCUAGUGGUGGUGGAGGUGCAGGAGGAGGAGUUGGUGCCGGAGGAGGUCUUGGUGGUGGUGUAGGAGGAGGUGCAGGUGGGGGUGCAAGAGGAGGUACCGGUGGCGGUGGAGGUGCAGGAGGAGGAAUUGGUGUCGGUGGAGGUCUUGGUGGUGGUGUUGGAGGAGGCGUUGGUGGAGGCGCUGGUCUUGGUGGAGGUGUAGGAGGGGGUGCUGGUGCUGGUGGAGGUGCUAGUGGCGGCGGAGGUGCAGGAGGGGGUGCUGGUGCUAGUGGCGGCGGAGGUGCAGGAGGAGGAGUUGGUGCCGGAGGAGGUCUUGGUGGUGGUGUAGGAGGAGGUGCAGGUGGGGGUGCAAGAGGAGGUACCGGUGGCGGUGGAGGUGCAGGAGGAGGAAUUGGUGUUGGUGGAGGUCUUGGUGGUGGUGUUGGAGGAGGCGUUGGUGGAGGCGCUGGUCUUGGUGGAGGUGUAGGAGGGGGUGCUGGUGCUGGUGCUGGUGGAGGUGCUAGUGGCGGCGGAGGUGCAGGAGGGGGUGCUGGUGCUAGUGGCGGCGGAGGUGCAGGAGGAGGAGUUGGUGCCGGAGGAGGUCUUGGUGGUGGUGCAGGAGGAGGAAUUGGUGCCGGUGGAGGUCUUGGUGGUGGUGUUGGAGGAGGCGUCGGUGGAGGCGUUGGAGGAGGCGCUGGUCUUGGUGGAGGUGUAGGAGGGGGUGCUGGUGGAGGUCUUGGUGGAGGUGCUGGCGGUGGUGGUGCAAGAGGAGGCGCUGGUGGCGGUGGAGGUGUAGGAGGAGGUGGUGGUGCUGGUCUCGGUGGAGGUGCAGGAGGGGGUCUUGGUGGAGGUGUAGGAGGAGGUGCUGGCCUUGGCGGAGGUGGAGGAGCUGGUGGAGGUGGAGGUGUUGGUGGUGGCGCUGGUCUUGGUGGAAGUGUUGGUGCUGGUGGAGGUGCAGGAGGAAGCGUUGGCCUUGGUGGAGGUGCUGGUGCUAGUGGAGGAGCAAGAGUAGGUGUUGGUGCUGGGGCUGGUUCAGGAGGUAGUGUGGGUGGAGGUGCUGGUGCUGGUGCCGGUGCAAAUGCUGGAGCAAGUGGAGGGGGAGGCAUUGGGACAAGUGGAGCACGUAGCAUUAAUAGAGGUGCUAGAAUUGGUUCGAAUGUAGAAGGUAGCCCAAGUAGUGGUUCCAACUUUGGUGCAAAUGAAAGAGUCCGUGGUAAAGGAAAUGCUGGAAUUUCAAGGGAAGGUGGUCCUCGAGCUUAAAGGUGGUGCCGGUGAAGGUAUUGUCCAUUAAGAGAGCAUAAGAGGAGAUAUAUUAAUCAGUAUAAGAAAUAAGUUCAGUACAAGAGAUAUAUUGAGUACAAGACUGAAGGAAGAAACUAUACUUGGCAGUUAUGAAAGUGGAGGUAGAUCAGAGAUCUUGUAUAAGUGGCUAUAGUACAGAUGUUCGAGAUAUAUAUCUAUAGUUGAAGUCUCAUUAUUGUUAUAAGAGAAAUGUGACCAUAUGUCAUGUGUCUCUUGAUAUUGUGAUAGAAACAUCGUGCUUGUUGAUUGUAAAAAAAUAAUUAUGUACCAGACAAUAAUAUUAAAACUGAUUAUCCUCAAUCUUA